GAGGCCUCUGAUUGGACGCGGCGCGCCACGCGGGCUGGGCUGGUGGCGCGAAUCCUGCUGGCCAUUGUCCGGAGCGAAUAGCGAUGGACCUGGGAGUGGAGGCUGGCUUGGCUGCGGCGGCUGCUGCGGCGGCCCUGAAGCAGAUCCGGGAUGAAGUGGCCGAGAAGUGCCAGAAGCUCUUCCAGGACUUCCUCGAGGAGUUUCAAAACAGUGAUGGCGAAGUUAAAUACUUGAGAGAUGCAGAGGAGUUGAUCCGUCCUGAGAGAAACACCUUAAUUGUAAGCUUUGAGGAUCUGGAACAGUUCAAUCAACAGCUUGCUACCACAAUCCAGGAAGAGUUCUAUAGAGUCUAUCCUUUUUUGUGCCGAGCUGUGAAAACCUUUGCCAGAGACCAUGGAAAUGUUCCCCUCAACAAGGACUUCUAUGUGGCUUUCCAAGACCUACCAACUCGACACAAAAUUCGAGAAAUGACAUCAGCUCGAAUUGGAUCACUUAUGCGUAUUAGUGGACAGGUGGUUCGUACCCAUCCUGUUCACCCGGAGCUUGUAAGUGGAACUUUCCUGUGUCUGGAUUGCCAAACAGUGAUAAAAGAUGUGGAGCAACAAUUCAAGUACACACAACCCAACAUCUGCAGAAACCCUGUGUGUGCCAAUAGGAAACGGUUCCUUCUAGACACCAACAAAUCACGAUUUGUUGACUUUCAAAAGGUUCGUAUUCAGGAAACUCAGGCUGAACUCCCUCGGGGGAGCAUUCCUCGUAGUGUUGAAGUGAUCCUACGUGCUGAAGCUGUAGAAUCAGCUCAGGCUGGUGACAAAUGUGACUUCACAGGUUCCCUCAUUGUUGUGCCUGAUGUGGCUCAGCUUUCCACCCCAGGUGUGCGAGCAGAAACUAGUUCUCGUGUGAGCGGGAAGGAAGGUUAUGAAACUGAAGGCAUCAGAGGACUUCGUGCCCUGGGAGUCAGAGAGUUAUCCUAUAAAUUGGUCUUUCUAGCAUGUUAUGUUGCACCAACAAACCCACGGUUUGGUGGCAAAGAGCUGCGGGAUGAGGAGCAGACUGCAGAAAGCAUUAAAAACCAGAUGUCAGUAAAGGAGUGGGAAAAAGUGUUUGAAAUGAGCCAGGAUAAAAAUCUUUAUCACAACCUUUGCACCAGCCUCUUUCCUACCAUACACGGUAAUGAUGAAGUGAAGCGAGGGAUCCUUCUUAUGCUGUUCGGUGGAGUUCCUAAAACAACAGCGGAAGGAACCUCCUUGCGUGGUGACAUCAAUGUCUGUAUUGUUGGUGACCCAAGUACUGCCAAGAGUCAGUUUCUUAAGCACGUGGAGGAAUUCAGUUCCCGAGCUGUCUACACCAGCGGAAAGGCCUCCAGUGCUGCUGGCUUAACAGCUGCUGUCGUGAAAGAUGAAGAGUCCCAUGAAUUUGUCAUUGAAGCUGGAGCUCUGAUGUUGGCAGACAAUGGAGUGUGCUGCAUUGAUGAAUUUGACAAAAUGGAGAUGAGAGAUCAAGUUGCCAUUCAUGAAGCAAUGGAACAGCAGACCAUAUCCAUUACUAAAGCAGGAGUCAAGGCUACUUUAAAUGCCAGAACCUCCAUUUUGGCAGCAGCAAAUCCGGUCGGUGGACGCUAUGACAGAGCAAAGUCUUUGAAACAAAACAUAAACCUGUCAGCCCCCAUCAUGUCUAGAUUUGAUCUCUUCUUCAUUCUUGUCGAUGAAUGCAAUGAGGUUACAGACUACGCCAUUGCUAGGCGCAUUGUGGAUCUUCAUUCUAGGAUUGAAGAAUCAAUUGAUCGUAUUUAUACAUUAGAUGAUAUCCGAAGAUACCUUCUGUUUGCCAGGCAGUUUAAACCAAAGAUUUCCAAAGAAUCAGAAGAUUUUAUAGUUGAGCAGUAUAAGCGCUUACGGCAGCGAGAUGGCUCUGGCAUUACAAAAUCAUCUUGGAGGAUCACAGUGCGCCAGCUGGAAAGCAUGAUCCGGCUGUCAGAAGGCAUGGCACGGAUGCACUGCUGUGAUGAGGUUCAUCCAAAACAUGUGAAGGAAGCCUUCAGGUUAUUAAAUAAGUCUAUCAUCCGAGUUGAAACUCCAGAUAUCAACUUAGACCAAGAUGAGGAAGAGCAGCCCAUGGAAGAGUCUGAGGCCCAGGAUGGAGACACUGGAAGUGGAGAACCUGUUGCUGUUAAUGGUUUGGUAAAUGGCACAAAUGGCCAUGCAGAUGAUUUGAACAAAGAGUCAACAUCCAAGGCAUCUUUAAGGCUAAGUUUCCCUGAAUAUCGCAGAAUCUCUAAUCUCAUUGUGAUGCAUCUAAGAAAAUCAGAAGAAGAAGAUGAUGAAGCCUCCUUAAAAAAGAGUGAGCUUAUCAACUGGUACUUAAAGGAAAUUGAGUCAGAAAUAGAUUCUGAAGAAGAGCUCAUCAAUAAAAAGAAGAUAAUAGAAAAAGUUAUCCAUCGUCUUACACAUUACGACCACAUUUUAAUUGAGCUCACUCAGACAGGAUUGAAAGAUUCAGAAGAAGGACAGAGCUUUGACGAGGAUCCCUUUCUUGUAGUUAACCCUAACUACUUGUUGGAAGAUUAGGGAUUAAGGAGCAAUUCUACAGCAUCAACAUACCAUUUUAUUACUAGAACCCAUUACUCGCUUUCUGAUGCAUGUCAGCAUUGUACAUAGAUUACUAAUCUGAAAAAGCUUGGUCACUUAAUUCACUUACCUUCUCUUUUUAAAAAAAAACUUUUAUAUAGUCUUUGGCUGACUUGCAGCUUCUUUGUUUUUUACUUAAAAAGAAUUUCUUAAAUAAUGUUUCUGUAGCAUGAUUCUAUACUUUAGGUUUUUCUUUCAACUCUUUAUUUGUGUUAAAUAAAUACAUAUUGUGUCAAAUAAAGCCUUAUCUCUGUC